UUGAUCAUAACUUUUUUUAUGCAACUUUCUUCGAGACUUGUUCAACUUAUUACUUUUCGUCAUUCAAAGAGUUAAUCCUCUGUGAUUGAACUUCUUUCAAUUUGACCGUGUCACGCUUAACCGGACUUCUCUAUACACAUGGAAAUAUUUUAAUCAAUUACUGCUGAUAUUGGUAAAUUGGGCCUAUAUGUCUCCUCAAUUCUUUCGUCAAGUUUCCUGUUAAUCAUCAAAUACGCUUACAUAUUUAGUAAUUACAUUUAUCCAAUAAUGGAGGACAAUUCUAGCGCAUCAUCCGACAGCGACAAUGCUCUAUUGUCAGCAAAAGAUCAUAAAUCCCAUGGUCAAAGUGCCGCCACACAAACUCCAGAAUUGCCACGACGAGAUAAAAAUCCUUCCUCAGAAAUUCCAGAAGAAGCGAAAAUUCAAGAAAAUCCAUCAUCUAUAACAGUAUACAAACUUGACACUCAGAAACCAAUGUCUGAACUAGAAAAUGAAGCCAAAAGUCUAGCCAUUCCUGAUGUUGUCGUUGAGUACAUUAAAGAAUCGUACCGUCGACAAGAUGAAGAUGGGCAUGAACAAGGAAACACAAAUCUUGCUUUUGAGCCACAAGAACUCAUAGUUGUUAGAACUCCAUCAUGUGUUAGCUUACGGGAAGAAGCUUCCGCAGAAAAUGGAAUGACACUCACAACUCUUGGCAACAAUAUCCUGUACCAUAGCAUGCCAAGGACACUGUCGGGCAAAACAGAAGAUCAAUCCAGAUUACUUUCUGUUGUAGACCCAUCUCUCUCUGCUUCAGUUUCUUCGUUGGGAUAUCCCAGAUCAAUUCCACCUUCGCCAAACUUCGGAUACAGACCACUAGAGAGUGAAACCUCAGCUGUCUAUACAAUUAUCGCUCCAGUUCGUUACGUUAGCAAUGGAAGUGAUAAAGAAAUGGAAGCGAAACUUCUUGCGCAACUACAAGAACAAAUGGAAAAAGAAAAAGCCACAGCUCGUAAGUUUGAAUUCUGCACAGCGCCUAUUGAAGUGGAACGUCGACGCCAUCGUCUGCAGUGUGUCACAGAUACAUGUUCCACUAUGUUUCUUGUUCCUGGUAUUUUCAUUGCCAUAAUCACUCCUAUCUCCCUUAUUCCUAUGUUUAUCCUUCCUCUGAAAUACAUGUUACCACUCAUGGCCUUAUUUGUGAUUUGUGGUAUCAUUGCUGUUCUAUCGUUAGCGGUAUCUGGCUUUUUUGGCAAUGUCGUAUGGCAUUACGAUGAUAAAAAGCAACGUAUUCGUCCUCGACUUCACUGUGGAACUGGACCUUUAAUGCACUUCUGGGGAAAUGGGUUUUAUCCUCUAAAAGAAGAUAACGAGCUUUUAAAAGGUAGUGAAAAAAUUGUGUGAUGUUUCAUAUUCUCAUUAAUAUAUAGUAUAUAAAGUAAGUUUAUCAGUGAUUAGAACAUUCCAUUCAUUCAAAUAAUUCUUAGACGCUAAUGUAAAUCAGUAAAUUUAAUUCGACUAUUUCAUUCCAGUUUAACCCGAAUUCUGUUAUUUCGAAUCAAGCAAUUUUAAUUCAUUGCUUGAAUAGAUUGUUUUGAUUCUAAUGUAUUGUCUUUAAUCUUUUUUAGUUAAUAUUAAAAUCGGUUGAUUCUAUUUGGAGCACUGUAGCAAAAUAAUUUGUUUAUUUGAAUUACUUUGACAAGUUGUUAAUCAAUGAUUAGAAGAAUCAGUUCAUUCAAAUUAUUUUCAGACACCAAUGUGAAUCAGCAAUAAUCAGACACCAAUGUGAAUCAGAAUUAAUAUCUUGUUUCAAAUCAAACAAUUUUUACCUACUAUUUGAAUAUAUUGUUUUGAUACUAAUUUAGGGUCAUUAAUCUUUUUAGUCAUAUAUUGAAACCAGUUGAUUCGAUUUGGAUCACUAUAGCAAUAAUUCGUUUUAUUUGAAUUAUCUUGACUAUUUGUUACCCAGCCUUAUUAUAAGUGUAUAGUGUUAUAGAUUUAAAUGGAAAUGUAGCGAUUAAGCUUUUGAUUUAUUUCAUUUACUAUUUUUGUUAGCUGUAUUUCAUUGCAUAUUUCAUUUUAGUGUGUUAUUUAUAGUUUUGAUUCUGCAUAUUAUUGUAUUUUAAUAGCCUUUUUUAAUUUAAAUAUAUACUGAACAAAUUUUUGUGUAAAAACAACAAAAGUAUAUGUUUACGCGAAUGUUGCGUUUUAAUCUUAUGUAUAGAUCUCCCAUUAUGAGUUGGGGUAUUAAAAGUGAAAUAAAAACAAGGUGGUAAGUUUAUUCCAGUGAUUAUGGGAAAAAGGCAAGGGAAGUCGAAACGAAAAAGAAACGGAGAAUAAGAAACCUUAUUUGGCGUAAUAACGAAAGAAAUUAACAAAAAAUCUAACCUAUUUAAAGAGUUUUUACCUUAGUGAACCAAAAAAUCGAAAUGGCAAACCAAUUUGGAAUUCUUGCCAAAAUAAAUACGCUCAUGUUUGGCAAGCUUUAACUUCCCUCACCUGUGAAAAGUGAACUCUUCCUCUAAACUUUCUCAACAUCAACUAACUGGCCGUGAUUCUAUUAUAACAAUUGGAAGAUUCUUAAGGAACAAUGAAUCUUUAAUUGUUUUGUAAGAUUUUUGUGACUCUGUGACUUUCAUUUAUAGGCACUUCUAGAACUGUAAGGUUCAAAGCCUGAUCGAAAGCAUGACACUCUAAAUUCUGUAGACUUUAAAGAUAAAUAUUACAGUGAAAUGUGUUUUCUACUUCAAUUAUACCGAGAAUUAAGUUUACUGAAAGUCAUGAUAUCUUUAUUUUAAUUUUAUAAAGCAUUUCAUCAGGUUUUCUAAGAUCGUUUUGACAGUUUUGAAAUCAUUCAAAAUCUAAGGGAUAGAGUUCUUCUGUCCAAGAUAGCCUAUUCAACUUAAUUCCUUGUGAUGGCGAUGUUCGUACAUUUCAUUCUACAUAUUCUUUUAAUCUUUUCACCUUAAAUGUUUUACAGUGUAUAAUUUUCUUUUAUUACGGAGCACAGUAAUCGUAUGGCAAAAAACAAUUGCUGCAAAUUAAAUAUAUUUUCUAGAGAAUAAUAAUCUUUCUAGAGAUUAAUAUCUGUAAGGAAGACUAAUAUAAUAAACGCGGUAUUUUUUUUUUCAAAAAUAUGUAUUUUGUAAUAUGUUAAAAAUAACAAAAUUUAACUUCCUCCCUAUCAUAUCAGUGUAAAUUAUCUAUCGAGGAAAAAUCCAGAGAAAUUUUUACCUUAAUUGCAUUUUUUAUUUGUACAUAUAAGGAUAAGGGGAAACAUAUUUUAAAUAAGAUAACUGAAAAUAUCUUUAUCAUCGCAAAAUAUGGUUUGAUCUAAUUCGGAUAUAAAUGACAAAGAUAAGAUGUAUGUCUUUAAUCUGUCAUCCAUGAUAUAUCAUCGAAAUUUUUUCAAAUACAGCUACAUUAAAUGUAAUGUAACCAUAUAAAUUUGUUAUUGUCAAAAUGUGUAAAUUAUCUGUCUGUUACUGUGUAAAUUAUCGAAUAAAUAUUUUACAAACAUA